CUGCCCAGCCCCAGGCACCGGUCUCCCCCCGCGGCUGGCCCUGGGCCGCUGGUCCUGACGGAGGGGCCGCCCCUGUCCUGCACCCUGCCUGGGGCACCCUGCCUGGGGCACCCUGCCUGGGGCGGCGCCCCUCCUAGUCCUCUGCCCGGGACAGUGGCUAGGGAGGUGCUGUGGACACGGAGGUACAGUGGGAGGUGACAGGUUCAGUGUCGCGGCUGCUGGCCUCUGAGAGGAAUGAGCGCAGGUGUGGGUGCCGCAAGAGGUGUGUUUGCACACGUGUCAGCGUGUGGAUGUGCUAAGACUGUUUGCAUGUGGAGCGUGUGUGAAUGGAGAGGGAGAUGUGUGGGACUGACUGGCUCGUGGGCUGGUCACACUGCUGGCGGCUGUGUCUUUGCCCAGCAGGCUCAGGCGUCCUCCUGUGCUUCAUUCUUCCUAGGACCCCAGAUCUCCAAUCCCCUUCCUGGGGUGGGGUGGGGGUCUGCUGUUAGGGCACACUCGCCGCUGCCAGGCAUCCAGGGGCUGGGGGCUCAACUGUAUCCAUCAUCUGCUGUUUGGCUAUUCAUGGUUUUUCUUGUGGGCUUUCUCAGUACGGGGUGUCCUUGGGCCAGGCCUGCUUUAGGGGCUCAGGCCGGGCUGCGGGCUGCCUGCCUGUGUGUGCUCCUGCACCCUUCGGUUUGGCUCCCACUCUGGGAGGCAUGUCUGCACCAUUUGGAGCAGGCAGCAUGGUGGGGCUGUGUCCAUCCCCCUGAGGGCCUGGUGGGUGCCGGAGUAUGUGCUUGCUGAGGGCCAGCUACCUGCUGUCUGCUGUCCCCAGGCCUUGUGGCUAAGGAAGGACCGCCCCCAUUCUGGUGACCAGGUCAAGCCAGUGUCUUCUCCCCCUCUCCUCAGCAGCUGUCUAUACCUAUAGCCGGAUCCUCCUCCUCCUGUAUUUUCUUCUGCUGUUGAAAAUACUGACCAGAGGUCAGUACUGUCCUGAGGGUCUGUUUUCUGUGCCAGGUCUGAGCCCUCCAGAGUGUGUCCCCUGGGGCUAGGUCUGUACAUCUUUGGGUGGUCACCCAGUGAGAGCAUCUGAGACUUAUGGGUCAAAGCCUUGGGCACGUCACUGCCUCUCUCCUGAGGUGGUCCUGGCAGUGGGUGAGGGGGGCUCCUGGGGAGAGGGUAGAUGGGGUGGCAAGACCUUGGUUGGUGGGAGCAGUCCCCCCUGGCUCCUGUGUGUGUGUGUGUGUGUGUGUGUGUGUUGCAGUGGCAUAGAUUCUGGGGAAGGGAGCAGCAGGCAGGAAGCUGGGUGUUCUAGGCCUGGCCUCAGGGAGUGUGGAGACUACUGCCUAUCUACUACUACUACUACUAUCACCUCUAGUGAAACCCGGCAGCCCUUUGCAGGGGCCUGGAGGAAUGGCUCCGGCUGCUGGAACCUGUCCAGGUCACCCCAGCGUUUCUGUGAUCUUGGGUCACUCUGCUAAGAGAGGAGGUUGAAAAUAGGACCCUCAAUUCAACUCCUGCUGACCAGACCGAGACCAGCCAUGGAAGUCUGUGGGCGCCCCCCCCCCCCCCAGGGGUCUAGAAGCAGCCAGUUGUGUAGGGUCAAGGUUCUUGGGCAGGUGAGGACCUUGGGCUCUGGCUUAUACCCUGGGUGUGGAGUAGGUGCCCAUCUUUCUUUUCUCUUCCUGCUCUGCCCUCUUCUGAGUAUGAGAUAGUGUCACCCUCCUCCCCCCAUCUCUGCCUGUGUCAAGUUUUCUUUCCUGCCCUUCACUGCUGGCUUUUGCUGGCCCACAUGGGGCGCAGAACCUCCCAUCCUCCCUGGUAGGUGGCAAGUAUAGGUGGUAAGUGUUUGGAGGGUCUCAGGAGUUCACAAUCCCAGAAUAUGGUGUUUCACGGACCACUUGGAGACCGUAUCUCCAUUAGCCUUACGGCAGUUUGUGGCUAGGCAGGGCAGGACCCGCUUAUCACCCCACUCUAGAUAGGACUCGAAGCCUCCGGGAGGCAGGGACCCAUUAGUAGGUGGGUAUAGAGUCCGACUCAGACUCAAGUCCUCCAAAUUCUAGUCCCUUAUCUCCCACACUUCUCCUCCUGGACAGUUUGUUCCUGGCGAUAGGCUUAGAAAGGAGGUUGGAGGCCUGGGGAGCCGUGAGUCAGCCCCCAUGGGCAGCAGAGGAGCUCAGCAACUGGUCUCUAUCUGGACCGACUCACUUCCCUCACUGCCAGCCAACUUCUCGCCCUGGAAGAUGCUUUGUCUGUCCCAGGGGACCCCGUGGUCCGAGCCCCAGGGGACAGUGGUGAGCAAAACAAGGCCCCUGGGCAGGGGAAGCUGGCCUGGGAGUGUUGUGCACACACAGGAGGGCUGCUCCCCCCCUCCUUCCCCGCCAUUCUUUGGCCAUCCUGGCCCUACCCGCUCACCAGUCCCCAGGGUAGUGCUUUUGGAGGAGGCCUGACCCCCCCCCCCCCAGCCAGACUGCCCUGGCCUUAUUGGCCUACCCUGCUCCACCCCCUUGGGGGCUCCACUCUGGUACUGGAGAGGUUAAGGCCCUGUUCCCUUCUGAGAUUCCUUUCAUUUCCCAACUCUGAUACUCCUUGCCUUGAUUUCUGGCUCCCCUGGGCUUCCCUAGCCCCCUGCUCACUGCCAUCCUAGGGUCUCCCCUGCAUGCAGCUGCACUUGGUACAGCCCAUGCCGGCCCCUGAGCUGUCCUGGGGGACUGGUUACAGCUUCACUCAGCAAACCAGAGGGCAGGGUGCCCUGGGCUGCUGGCUGGGGCCGCCCGAACUCUGCAGGUAGGAUCCAGGCAGGCACUACGGAGAGUGGGUAGGGGGAGCUGGGUCCUGGAUCCUAGAUCCAGGGCAGGCCCCUCCUCCUCCCUUUGUCCAGCUUUGUAACCCAACUGGGGGGGGCGGGUCGUGAAGUGAGCCCACAGACUUUAAGGUGCACGCCACCUGGGCAAAGCCUCUAGUCCCAGGCCUGAGACCCGGUGGAGAGGGGAAAGGAGGGUGCUGGAAGGGAGUACCUUCAGAGCAGUCUGGGAGAGCCCAGUUGGGUGUGGAGAGCUUCCUAGCCAGGAGGGUGGGGCUGAAGCCCAGGGAGGGUCUGCGGUGGCUGGGAGCUCAGGACCGGCCGAGACUAGCACCCUCACCCGCACGGCCUUUACUGCCAGCCUCCUGGUCGUGCCGCUGAGGAGUGCCGCCCUCCUUGUGGGGACGCCCUGGCUUCGGAACUGCCUGCCUUCCCUGGGCCCUCCCUGGGGCCUCCGGCCCAGAUCCUGGGGCCUCUGAGUGGCGCAGACUGUUUGUGGCAGCUCCCUUCGGAGGGGCAGCCAGCAGUGGGAGGGGCAGGCUGGGGCCAGGCUGCAUGUUGGCAGCCCUGGGGUCCUGGGGGAGAGGCACGCCCCUGGGGAGGAGGUCGUCCUGCUGCCAGGCAGGUCCUGCACUUCCUCUCCUCCUCUGCCCCAGGGGGCUGGCGCACAGCUCAGAGCCCAGUGGCAGCCAGUGUAGGUCUCUGCAGGUCUGGUAUGUCGAGCACAGGCCUUGGGUUUCUGAGAGGAGGCUUGCUGGGGCCAGAAGCAGGUCUAAUCCUGGCCGGCCAGCCUGCCUGCCCUGGAAGCUGCGGCCUGGGGCACAGCCACCAGGUCCUUAGCACCCGGGGGGGGGGGGGGUGCGCGGGUGUGUGCGCACCCCCGAACACGUACACAUGGGUCUGCCUGUAGGAGGUCUCCUGCUCACUGAGGCAGCGCCCCUAGUCCAGGAUUCAGAUUCUUACUUCUGGAGUGAGCAAAUCCACUGGCCCUCGAGGCUGACUCAGGACCCCCACUCCUGAGCCUGCAGGGGAUGAGGGGCCCCUUGCCAGACAGUGAGGGUGAGGUCCUUUGGGAGCCACGUGCAGGCCCACUCCUCAGCCUCCGAGGAGGGACUGCCCACUCUCUAGGCCCUGGCCUCUGUCUGGGACAGGCCUGGGGCAUGCAGGGGCCCAGGGCUCCCAGUGCACACAGGCCCUGCCCUCCACCCUUUGACCCUGGCAUCGCUGUCUCCACAGAGGCUCGGGGUGGGCUGGGGGCCCCUCCGCUGCAGUCUGCCCGGUCCCUGCCAGGCCCUGCCCCCUGCCUCAAGCACUUCCCACUCGACCUACGCACAUCAAUGGAUGGCAAAUGCAAGGAGAUCGCUGAGGAGCUGUUCAGCCGCUCCCUGGCUGAGAGCGAGCUCCGCAGCGCCCCGUACGAGUUCCCUGAGGAGAGCCCCAUUGAGCAGCUGGAGGAGCGGAGGCAGCGCCUGGAGAGGCAGAUCAGCCAGGAUGUCAAGCUGGAGCCAGACAUCCUGCUUCGGGCCAAGCAAGAUUUCCUGAAGACAGACAGUGACUCAGACCUCCAGCUCUACAAGGAGAAGGGCGAGGGGCAAGGCGACCGGGGCCUACGGGAAAGAGACGUGGUGCUAGAGCGAGAAUUUCAGCGGGUCACCAUCUCUGGCGAGGAGAAGUGUGGGGUGCCGUUCACCGACCUGCUGGAUGCAGCCAAGAGUGUGGUGCGGGCGCUCUUCAUCCGGGAGAAGUACAUGGCCCUGUCGCUGCAGAGCUUCUGCCCCACAACCCGCCGGUACCUGCAGCAGCUGGCUGAGAAGCCCCUGGAGACGCGGACCUACGAGCAGGGCCCCGACACCCCUGUGUCCGCUGAUGCCCCCGUGCACCCCCCUGCGCUGGAGCAGCACCCAUAUGAGUACUGUGAGCCAAGCACCAUGCCUGGGGACCUGGGCUUGGGUCUGCGCAUGGUGCAGGGCGUGGUGCAUGUCUACACCCGCAGGGAAGCUGAUGAGCAUUGCUCAGAGGUGGAGCUGCCGUACCCUGACCUGCAGGAAUUCGUGGCAGAUGUCAAUGUGUUGAUGGCCCUGAUAAUCAAUGGCCCCAUAAAGUCCUUCUGCUACCGCCGGCUACAGUACCUGAGCUCCAAAUUCCAGAUGCACGUGCUGCUCAAUGAGAUGAAGGAGCUGGCCGCCCAGAAGAAGGUGCCACACCGAGAUUUCUACAACAUCCGGAAGGUGGACACACACAUCCAUGCCUCGUCCUGCAUGAACCAGAAGCACCUGCUGCGCUUCAUCAAACGGGCAAUGAAGCGACACCUGGAGGAGAUCGUGCAUGUGGAGCAGGGCCGCGAGCAGACGCUGCGGGAGGUGUUCGAGAGCAUGAAUCUCACUGCUUAUGACCUGAGUGUGGACACGCUGGACAUGCACGCGGACAGGAACACCUUCCAUCGUUUUGACAAGUUCAAUGCCAAAUACAACCCCAUUGGGGAGUCUGUCCUCCGAGAGAUCUUCAUCAAGACUGACAACAGGGUUUCUGGAAAGUACUUUGCCCACAUUAUCAAGGAGGUGAUGUCAGAUUUGGAGGAGAGCAAAUACCAGAAUGCGGAGCUGCGGCUCUCCAUCUACGGGCGCUCCAGGGAUGAGUGGGACAAGCUGGCCUGCUGGGCCGUGAAGCACCGAGUACACUCUCCCAAUGUGCGCUGGCUCGUGCAAGUGCCCCGCCUCUUCGACGUGUACCGCACCAAGGGCCAGCUGGCCAACUUCCAGGAGAUGCUGGAGAACAUCUUCCUGCCACUGUUUGAGGCCACCGUGCACCCUGCCAGCCACCCAGAGCUGCACCUCUUCUUGGAACACGUGGAUGGCUUUGACAGCGUGGAUGACGAGUCUAAGCCCGAGAAUCACGUCUUCAACCUGGAGAGCCCUCUCCCUGAGGCUUGGGUGGAGGAGGACAACCCACCCUACGCCUACUACCUAUACUACACCUUUGCCAACAUGGCCAUGCUGAACCACCUGCGCAGGCAGAGGGGCUUCCACACGUUUGUACUGAGGCCGCACUGUGGGGAAGCCGGGCCCAUCCACCACCUGGUGUCAGCCUUCAUGCUGGCGGAGAACAUUUCUCACGGGCUGCUUCUGCGCAAGGCCCCGGUCCUGCAGUACCUGUAUUACCUGGCCCAGAUUGGCAUCGCCAUGUCUCCGCUCAGCAACAACAGCCUCUUCCUCAGCUACCACCGGAACCCACUACCUGAGUACCUGUCCCGUGGUCUCAUGGUCUCGCUGUCCACGGAUGAUCCCCUGCAGUUCCACUUCACCAAGGAACCACUGAUGGAGGAAUAUAGCAUUGCCACCCAGGUGUGGAAGCUCAGCUCCUGCGACAUGUGUGAGCUGGCACGCAACAGUGUGCUCAUGAGCGGCUUCUCCCACAAGGUGAAGAGCCACUGGCUGGGACCCAACUAUACCAAGGAGGGCCCCGAGGGCAAUGACAUCCGCCGUACCAACGUGCCGGACAUCCGUGUGGGCUACCGCUACGAGACUCUGUGCCAGGAGCUGGCGCUCAUCACACAGGCUGUCCAGAGUGAGAUGCUGGAGACCAUCCCAGAGGAGGCCGGGGUCACCACCAGCCCGGGGCCUCAGUGAGGCCGGCCCACCGUGUCCCCUGCCUCUCAGCACCUUGACCACGUUUUAGCCUCCGGCCCCUCCCACCCUGUUGUGUCUGCAUGUGUCCUUUCUACUUUGUUCUGUCCUGCACGUCUCCGACCUGUUUCUGUUCCCAUGCCACCUCAGUGAAAAUGGUGCCCCGAAUCUGCCCUGCCCUGGUCUUGGUUCGGCUACUCGAUGGCCUCCGGUCUGCUGGCUGCCACGCCGGUGGCCCUGUCCCAGGAACCUCCGAAGUCUGGCUGUCCUGUGGGCGUCAGUGUGUCUGCAGGGGCUAGGGAUGGUUGAGGGGGGCUGGCCCCUCUAGCCUUUGGGGUCCCGCCUGGGCAGAUGUUGUCUUGUGUGUGUGUGGCUGAGGAGCAGACGGGCCGGGGGGUCUCUACAGCUCCUUCGGCGGCUCUGCAGUGAGCAGAGCUGGGCGCAGAGCCCUGGCUCCCUCGAUUCGGGCCGUGGAGGUGCCAGACCCCCGCCUCGACCAAGUCACUGCCUAGCAGCCCCCCCGUCCCUUCUCUGGUCCACAUGCUCCUCUGGUGUCAGCUCCCUGUGCCUCUGUGGGAGGGGCGGCUGCCCUGUGUUGUAUCCGGGGCCGCUGCAGCUGGGGCGUCUGAAGCUGCCAGCAGCCCUGAGGGCGGUAUCCCCACUCUGGUCCCGAGUUUUGACCAGACCUGAGUCCACCUGGUCCCCUGUGUUGUGUUCUGGUCAGAGGCCUUUGCUGUGAAAUGCAGUGUUUCAUACGAUCCCAUCUUUCCUAGUGCAUGAGAAAUAAAGAUUAUUUAAGUAAU